CAACCCACAAAUAUCACUUAAUUAAAGAGAUGAAGUCCUGGCAGGAAGCUCAGAGUUACUGCAGAGAGAAUCACACAGACCUGAUCAGUGGAACGAAGCAGAUAGAGGAUGAAGAAGUGAAGAAAUUGAUGAACUCUUCAGACAGUAAAUCAUACAUUGGUCUGUUCAGAGACACCUGGAGGUGGUCAGAUGGAAGCAGUUUCUCUUUCAGACACUGGAAUAAAAACUUUAACAAUUCAAAAUCUGUCAGUGGUCAAUGUGCCAUGACUGUGUUUGAGGAUGGAGGCAGAUGGAAGAAUGUGAACUGUGCUGAAAGAAAACCCUUCAUCUGUUAUGAUGACAAAGUGAUCCUGAUCAAAGAAAAGAAAACCUGGAAAGACGCCUUGACCUACUGCAGAGAUCACCACCAUGACCUGGUCACCAUCACCAACAUGGAUGAUCAGAAAUGGAUCCAGGAGAAAGUCAAGAACGCAUCGACUGAUUAUGUCUGGAUUGGACUGCACUACGCCUGGACUCUUCAUUUCUGGUUCUGGGUCAGUGACGAGGUGGUCAGCUACGAGAACUGGGCCUCAUGUCCAAAGAUGGACGACUGUGACAUGUCUGGAGCCAUGGAAACGAGAGGAAGACAUAAGUGGCUGGAAAAAAAAGACAGCGAGACGUUUAAUUUCAUCUGUUCUAAAUACUGAUAAAUACUGAGACGUUAGCCUUUGACUUUUGAUCGUUUUGUUUCCAAAGUUACAUUUAAAAUUUCACAUAUAUAUUUUGGAUUAUGAGAAGUAAAUAUUAAUGGGUUAUUUGUUUGAAGGUUUAAAUCUAUCUUUAAGUUCUUUUUAUUUUUUCAAACUGCUGUUUUGCUGCAAGUUUUUAUAAACAUAUUUAGGAUUAUAUAAAAACACAACAGAUGUUUUUUGUUAUUAUAAAACUAAUUAUCCUACCAAAUCAUAGCAACUAUAAUUAUUCUAUAGGGUCAUUCUAUUUUUCUUGUGUUUUUUAAAUUAAACAUCUAUACUUAUCUUUACUAACAGAACAUAGCUUACAUUAUAUUCCCUUUUCCAGCCACUUAUUAUAUUACAUUCAGCUCUCUAUAAGUAAUCAGUGAGUGUGUGGAGGAUUAACUAGAACU